AUGGCCGAAAGUUCCGAGACGGUUCUCUCUUCUAUUCUCGCUAUUGCUGCUCAUGACCUGGCGUCUGAGUACCACUCGAAUGAUGUCGGUUCUCAAACAUACCACCAAAUGUCGAAAAUGUACCAAAAUAAAUCGCUGGCUCUACUCGCCAAGGAGUUAAAAACUCUUUCCGCGUCGUCUUCCUCGGGAUCAGAUGUGAGCGCAUCAUCUGCCUUCACGCUUGCAUCUGUGAUCAUUCUUUGCAACAAUGAAUUCAUGCAACCACAGGGGGCUGGAUGGCGGGUCCAUCUUGCGGCUGCAAGGGAGGUCAUCCUGGCAGCAAAAAAUAGAUCACACCCUCACAAACAACUGACCAGCAUUGAAGAAUUCCUCAUGAUUGAAUUCUAUGAAGCAUCGGUGUGGGCCAAUUUAACGACUUUCGAUGACUCGAGCGAAGACGUCAAGCCGUUUCCUCAUAGCAAGGAAAACGCGGUAUUCACCGAUUUUGUCCGGGUUAUCGAUGAAAUCACUCAACUGGAGCGUCUUAGGUUUCGGUCCCAGUCACACAGCUUCCCCUAUCAUUCCGGGCCAACUCCGGCUGUUAUCAUGCAGAUAAAUUCCGCUAGAUACAGCAUGCUUCAUCUUGCUGAAACCAUCAACUUUCAUGCCGAAGAAGAUCGACGGACCUUUCAGCUCGUGGUGCUGAUGUACUACCACGCGACUCUCAUUUACAGCUGUCAAGCCCUGGGUGAACCACCCACCCGGGACUUCAAUGCACACAGCUCUCGCAACGAGAUCCUCAAAUGUUUACAGUCUCUUUCCGGGAUGCGGAUUGACCUCUUUGCUCAAGAUCUUGUUUGGCCACUGUUUAUGGCGGGAACUGAACUUCGAGGCAACCCGGAAGCACAUAACCUCAUUCGUGGCGGUUUUCAUUCGGUGAUGCAAUUCAGCCGCACUUUGGACCGGGCGCGUGUUCUGUCGUUCCUGGAAUCUUGGUGGAAAACUCCUGGAGCUUACGUGUCUUGGAUUGAUAUGGCCCGAACGCAAUAUCGGUCUUCCCAUUGUGACUUUCUCGUGGUUUGA